AGCUCAAGCGCGAACAUCAAGUGGGCGCGGAGAAGAAAGGUCGACCAUGAAGGUCACUGUGAUGACCCUGGCUGGCUGCUGCGAAUCUGCAGACUUUCAAGAGGACGACACGAUCAGGGACGUGUCUCUUUUCAUCCGCUUCAAAUUUGGCAUGCCCGUGGCCGUGCAGAGCCUGAUGACUGGGUACACCAUCUUGAGGGAGCCCGCUGAGUCGCUGAAGGAAGUAUUUGGAGAGCAGACUCCAGAGGCUGUAGUGAUGGUGAUCCGAAGGCCUUACACUCCCCCGGAGCGGGCCGAGCUCUUCCGAAGGUUGGUUCGCGCCACGGGGGCUGGAGACACCCGACAAGUGCGAGAGCUCCUGAAGGAAGGGGCGCCCGUAGACAUGCUGGCGGACGUCAAGGACGUGUCAGCCUCGCUGGACCACUGGGAAACAGAAGAGGAGGAGGUGCCAAAGGAGGAGGAGAAGAAAGACAAGACGAAAAAGGAGACAAAAGGGAAAAAUGCGGAGGACACAUCAGACAUGGAGUCUGAGGAAGAAGGCAGAGCUAGCGAGAUGUCCUUUGCCGGAGAUAGCGAUGAUAUGCAGGAGGAGGAGGAAAAGGAGAAGGCUGAGCAGCCGCCGUGUGGGGGCAUCACGCCGUUGAUGAUGGCCAUGGCCACAGGCCGGGGCACGUUGGCGCAGGACCUGCGGAGACUCGGGGCCUGCGAGGCGGAUAUGGUGCCGAAGUCCGAGUCGCUGGUGGCUGCCUGCGUGGCCUGUGACGUCGUGGAGAUCUUCCGGCACCUAGCAAAGGGCGCAGACACCGAGACGCGGCUGCAACGAGGCCAGGGCAUCCGCGCCACGGAGGAGGGCACGCUGCUCCACGCCUGCGCCGCCAACUUCCGGCGCCCAGGCUUCUACGAAGUGGCGCAGCUGCUGAUCCAUCGGGGUGCCAACCUGGACGCCGGUGACUCGGAGGGUGACACGCCGCUGGCGCACGCAAGAUACUUCGACUGCCAAGAGCUCUUUCAGCUGUACUCUGGCAAUGGGGCGACCAUUGCGGGGCCCUUCUACAGCAGGUGGGAGCAGCACCCAGAAAUGCAGCGGCUGCAGCGAAUCCUCCAGCUGAACCAACUCGAGGCGGAGGAGGAGUGAGACGAAAAACCGUUGCGCGGCGCUGCGCACGGAAAGCCCUCCGUGUUGGUUGUGGCAGUGGG